AUGUCCCAAGCAGUCGAAGCAACACCAGCUCCAGGCACUGGUCCGCUUGUCAAGGCGUUCAGAAAACUAUCCCGAAAAUGUGCUGAGCUGCCCGAACAGCAUCGCGUCUUUCUGGAGACCGAGGAAGUCCCUUCAAGCGAUGAGAUGGUCGCCAAAAAAGCUCUCCUAAAAAAACUGCGAAAAAGCUUGCUACCUUCCCUCCGACAGCAGCUCGCCGAUUUGCAGGCAUCCCUUGACCUAGCAGCUUCAGGCACCCCUUCUCCGAAAUUCGAUGUCACCUUACAAAUAACAACUCGUCUUGGUGACACCUUGAAUGAAAUUUCUUCUAUCGCGAACUCGCUUGCUCCGUAUAUCUACUCUCUGCGCAAUUACUCCAGCCGCAUCGAUCAGAGUUACGGUGUUUUGAAACAUUUCAAAUGUGAUGGCAUUCGGGAACAAGUAGACACAUUGACCUCCACGCUCAGGCACGUGUUUAAUCGAUAUGCCACUUAUGUUCGGGACGGGCAAUGUUUACUGCCUAGCACUGCCUUCCUCGACAAACCCGUUGAAAAUAACCUUCGAAAGAAGAUCAUCGACAAUACGGAUAGCAUGUCAGAUUUAGCUUGGCACAUAAUGCGAUGGUGUAAACUGUCCAGCUUCAGUGCCAUCCAAUAUGUGUGGGAGAACACAGAAGAAAAACUUGAUACAGUCCUGACAGAAUUGGUGCAGAAACUCCAGGCCGCGAUCCAGCUACAGGAAGAGGAAGGCGAUCUCAUGGAUGACGUUGCCAACCCUGCGGGUGCACUCGAGAACAACGCAGCCGAGCCCGAAGAGGGUCCCGAAAACCAUCUCGCUGGAGCCGAAAACAAUCAAGCUGAACUCCAGGACGACCAAGAGGAUGAUGACGAAAUCAUGGAAGACCCAGAGGAUGAUGAUGAACUCAUGGAAGACCUUUCCGACGGGGGCUCAGACGGUUCAGCAGAAGGGAGUGUGGCCAGUGCUCCACCUGAAGAGUUUGUCCUCAGACCACGUGUAACUGAACUUAUGCGGCUCGCCGUCCCGCUCGUCAAGAUAUGCGGAGUUUUCUUCUUCAGACUAUGGGACAAUCCAACGUCCAAACCACCCUUCACAUUCAGCGAAAGGAUGCAUUCCUAUGACCUCAUAUGGUUUUCAUCCCACUCGGGCGUUGUUGGAGACAGCGUGCACGAAAUCUGCAAGGUCUUGUAUCGUAUCCAUGCUGCUGACGGAUUUGAUGCAGAUGUCGAGGACGAACUCGACAAUUUAAAUAUGUUGAUCAACCAUCUUCGUGCCAGUUUAGAUGGCUGCAUAGCCUUGAUAGGUUUUCACCUUGUGCCUUCGGCCUCUGUCCCCCCAUCGGAACAUAUCUACCGCAACUACUUUUACGCGACCAGAUCCGAAAUCCGUGUGGCUAUGGACGAUUUCUCCGAUGCCGUUGAACUAUUGAUCAGGGAUGCACCACAAGUGGAUUAG